AUGCCCGAUAUGGACCGACCGACUCUGCUGUCCACGCUCGGUACACUGACUUUUGGCCUGGUGCUGCCUAUAGGUCUAAUCUGCGCAUUCACGUAUCUCAAAACACUUAUCUACUAUCAACUCGAUGUCCGCAAUCGUCCCGAUUGUAAAGAGGAUAUCCAGAUUGUCCGAACUCCACCACUCAUACCGUACGCUAUGCCUGGGCUUGGGUCAACGAUCGCCUUCAGCAAUCAGACCGUGGGUAGCUUCUGGGCCUUCCUGAAAGCACAAGCAGAUCGCUACGGUCAUGAAGCCUUUUCCAUCAUCCUUGCUGGGAAGCGAACACACUUCAUCUUUUCUGACGACGGUGUCUCCGCGCUGUUCAAGAGCCGUCAGCUCUCACGCGCAGCGCUAGACCGACAGCUUGCCGUCAAUGUGCUCGGAAUGUGCAAGGAGGACUCCUUCAAAGCGUUCCCAGAUCGCAAUGAUGAGAAGGAGAAGAUGACCACUGAACGGCUUCACUCAGAGCAUUUGCUAAGCUCUGCAGCCGUCAAUCUACUGACAGAGAAGUUCAUGGAAACCUUCCGAGCUCAACUGGAUGAUGAUAUCGAUCUCACAGAUGGCGGAGAAAUCAAUCUGUAUGAUUGGCUUUGGCAUCGGAUUUUCCGUGCAUCAACAACCUCCCUCGCUGGUUCAAAGCUCCUUGAGAUGUACCCUGAUUUCGAUGUAGAUUAUCGAGCGUGGGAGGACAGCCUCCUAGCCCUCCUCUUUGGUACUCCUCGUCUAUUCGCACGGCAAGCAUAUCGCGCACGGGAUGCAUGCGUGGAGAAACUGGAGAAGUGGCUGCAGACAGGGUAUCAGCACCCGGUGAAGGAUGGAGAAAAUCCCGACUGGACACCCUACUCCGGCGCCCGAAUCAUGCGAAGACGGCACGACCUUUACAAGCAGCGUGAUCUGAGCAUUCAUGGCCAAGCUGGCUGGGACCUAAUCUUCCUCGCCGGUAUCCUGUCCAAUGCUACGCCAGCCACUGGGUGGUUGCUUAUGCACAUACUCUCUCCAACAAGCACAUUCGACUUCCGUUCGCGCAUAAUGCAGGAGCUGCAAUCAUGUAAGCGUUCUAAUGGCUCUGUGGACAUCCCUGCUUUGACCCGCUUGCCACUCCUCAACUCUGCCUUCCACGAAGUACUCCGUCUGUAUGUCGACCUGCUCGUCGUGCGCCAGGUCGACAGCUCGGUAGCCCUUCGAACACACUAUGUGAAUCAAGGCGAGCAGGUUAUGGCACCUACAUGGAUGACGCAUCGAAAUCCUGCAUUUUUCGAGAGACCUGACGUUUUCGACCCUGAGCGCUUUCUAAUUACGGACCCAGAGACCGGCAUGCUCAGCUACAGCACGGCUGGCCUUGGUGGCAAGUAUUUUCCGUUCGGCGGCGGACAUUAUAUGUGCCCGGGACGAGUGUUUGCCAAGCAAGAGGUAUUGGGCACCGUCGCAAUGUUACUACUCAACUUCGACAUAACAUUCACGAAGUUUGUGAAGCACACCAAGGGGGGUUGGGAGGCAGCUGGCAAGAAUGACUUUCCAACAAUCAAGAACGGCUUCGCUGGCAAUCAAGUAGUCGGCAUCGAGGGGGUUAUGCGGGUUCAUAUCAAGAGACGACCGUCAGUUUCAACGUAG